CUGUGAGUUAAAUGCAGUUAAUUUAGCUUUAAUCGCAGUCUUAUUUUGAUCAAAUAGUAAAAGUAGUAGAUAUAUAUUCUGAUAUCCGUGUUAACGCACUCUAAACGUAACAAUGUAUAAACAAUACAACUGCUCAUUUCGAAAUGUUAAUCAGAACGCUACAUCACAUUAUGAUAAUUGACAACAGAUGCUUUGCAGCUUCUAAUUAAAAGGAGUCCAUUGUUAGUCAUGUCUGUGCUACAAGACAAAUAAUACUUCUCCAAGUAUAGUGUCAGACUAGACUUAAAUUUAAGAUUCUUGAUUAGGAUUGACUGUUACAUGCUUAUUAUUAGUGCAAAAUGAUAUUGCUACAUAAAAGAAAUAUUCGAGCAUUGAUAUUUGUCGCAAAUAUGCUGUCACAAUCAGUGAAUUCUAAUGAGCUCUCCUCUACGUGUAUCUUCAGCACCGUUUCAACAUGUCCCUUGCCCAUAACAGUUUUAGAUUUUAUUCCUAAUUCCACUCAACCCGAUCUAGAAAUUAAAUGGCCCUGCGAAGUACGUUCUUACUGGCUAUCGUUGCAGCCGUUUGUCAGAUUCGUCCGUUUCUUGCUUCGCUAUAUAACACCAUUUAUUAUAAUACUCGGUGUAUUGCUAAAUACUGUAUCUUUUAGUAUGUUGAGCAUACCAGUGCUAUGUGACUCCAAUUUGUCACUUUAUCUAAGCGCGCUUGCUAUAUCGGAUAAUGGAGCAUUAAUUUUUAAUUAUGCUAUCAGCGUCGCAAAAUCGCACUCGACAUCCAUUAAUGAUCUUUUUAUGAACAGCAGAUUUUUAUGCGGAACGAGUUCUGUGAGUAUGGAGCUUUUCCAAUUUACAUCAACUUGGUUGAUCGUUGCUCUCACGUGGACGCGCGUUAUCGCAAUAAUGUUUCCAUUUGGAGCUCGCAGUUGCCAAAAUUGUUCCGCAAUUAUAAUUAUUACAACUUUAAUUUGCAUUAGCUUUAUAAUAUCCUUAACGAAGUUGUACUCUGGCGGAUACGAGACAGACAGCGUUUUCGAAUUUGUACCAUGUCAAGAGAAAAUAAAACCAUGGGGUAAUGCUAUGUACUUUUACAUCGCUCUAUCUACAUGGCUUCCGUUGCUUUUUAUAUCCAUCGGUAACUUGUUAUUGAUUAUUCGCAUGAGAAAGUCUUACAAAAUUCACAACGAAUUAACUCAUAAUUUCAGAUAUAAAAGUAACAGAACCCACAAUUCUAGUAGGACGUUGCUUGCAGUAUCGAUAGUACAUUUAAUUUUAAUGCUGCCACUCGGAAUCGUCGAGACGUUGGAACUUUAUUGGGAUGUAAUUUUAAUUAAACAUCCUGCUAAAAAUCUAGAAGAAAAUGAACAUUAUAUACACUGGUUGCAAGAGAAGAUGUUACUCAAAUGGUGCCGUGGUUUAUUCUUUCACAUAUACCACUGGAAUUUUGCAAUAAACUUCUUUCUGUAUUAUCUUGCAGGAAAAAAAUUCCGAAAUGUCGUAACGCAAACGUUGAAAAAUUGUAUGAAUUCACACUUAUGUCAUAAAAACAUUUUAAAAUGUAACACAUGGAAUAAUUGUCACAAACAUUUUGCGAUGGUACGAUCUUCUAGUGCAUUGUUGGCAAGAGCUGUUAUGCGAAAUAAACAAUUUAUGGACGAUAAUAUUAUGGGAAAUAAUGCUAACGAAAGAAAUAGCAAUAUUACUCAGUUAUAAAAACAAAAUAAUUUUAUAAAAAAGAAACUCUUCGAUAAAAAUGUUGCAUACAACUCAUACUUAUCU